ACUAGUCAUUUUCACUGGAAUCUGCCCUGAGACAGAAUCCUGCAAGAGAAUACACAGCCUUAAGAUGACAGCUGCUGCUCUUCUGUGCUGGUGCUGGGGAAAUCUGAAGAUUGUAGCUACAAGUUACACACUGCUGUUAGCAACGCCACCAUGCCAAAGCAAUCCCCAACUACAUGGGGAUUCGGCCCCAGGAGUUUCAGGAAGUGUGAUUCCAGGGUAGAUGACUCUUUAUUUACUUUUUCUCUUCUGAUGCAACUUGCAAAAGUUUCUCUUUGCAGGCUGUAAUCUGAUCAACAUCUCUCAAAGUCUCAGAAUCAAGGAUAACACAUGAACUGCAAAACUCUCUGUUUACCUUGGGGAGCUUCGGUUGGCAGGAGGAGCACUGUUCAGCUUGUGGGAACCUCAGGUUUGGUUUAUAAUUUGAUCUGUGGUCAUCUUGGCCGUCAAAAUUUGAUUACUGCAAAGUGCAUUCUCUUCAAUUUCUAUAAAGAUUGGCAGAAGAUGCUCAGUUAUGAAAGUAGCUUUCUAGCAUGCAUUGCUGAAAUGAUAGACAUAUCAGUUAGGCUUAUUAUUUGCUUUACCCGAAAACUAUAAAAUAAUGAGGUGAAAUUGUAAAAGCAGUCAGAGAACAUAAUAAUUUUUAAUGCGUGGUUUCAGUAUUUCUAGCAGAAAAUGCACAGCAUGUGACAAUUCAGGCUGGUAACAGCCUUGUAAGCAGAUCAAUAGAUAGAUUACUUCGGUUUUUACAAAAGUUGCAAGUACUACAGAUAGAUAGUGGGAUUAUGGUUUGUAAACCUUAAACCGCACUUUCUUGCACAACAAUCUGCAAAAAUACUCUUUUUUUUUUUUGUAAAGCAGGUCUGUGGUUUUCAUCUGCAAGGAACUUCCUCUUUCUUCAUGAGGACUAAACAAAUGUAGUUUUUGAGAACAUGCAUCCUGCUGUUGCCUUCUAGUUUGUGCUGGAGUGAUCAAGUGUUUUAUUAAGUGAAGGGGUUGUCAAGAGCUGUUUUGUGACUCUUCAUGUUUUCGAUGUCAAACCUCAGCCAACAGAAAUGGGGAUCCUGGAUCUGUUGAGGAAUUGUUUGGUGUGCAAAUGGGACCUGCAGAAUAGAGACCCCAGGAUGCUACCUUUCCUUCAUUCCUUCUAUAAGGUCUGUCUUCUGGAUUUGAUUCAGGGCUAUAGCUGUAUUCCCACUGACUAUGAAGGCUGGUAUGAAGGUAUCCUUUCUUGCCCUGUGUGCAAACAGACCUGCUUUGCAAGGGAUGUAGUUGAAAAUUUCUUUCUCAAGGACUUUCCCACUACUAAUUCAGCUAUGGCAAAGAGCUGCUCCACAUGUAAAGAGAAGAGACCUGCUCACAGUCUCUGUACAAGCUGCAAUAAGUGGUUGUGCAGCUCAUGUACAGAGGAACACAGACAUAGCAGGGAAACUGGAGUCCGCUUCCUGUCCGUAUCCCUCAAGGGCUGCACAGCAACUGACGAUGAAGCAAGUGAGCUUUCCUUAUUUUGUCCAGUGCACACUCAAGAGCCACUCGAGCUGUUUUGUGAGACCUGCGAUACCCUCACAUGCCGUAACUGCCUUCUGAUAGAGCAUAAGGAACACAGGUUCAGGCAUCUUGAUGAAGCUUUGCAAAAUCAGAGAGUUAUCCUGGAAAAUGUCAUCACUGAAGUGGAAGAGAAAAAAAAUGGGAUUCAGGUUUCAGCUAAACAGAUUGAAGACAGGUUGCUUGAAGUAAAACACUUAUACAAAAGGGUAGGAAAUCAGAUAAAAGCGGCCAAGAUGGUUUUGAUGAAUGAAAUCAAUAAACGAACAAACAACCUUCUUGAACAACUUGAAAAUAUCACCAGUGAAAGGAAGCAGAAAUUGGAGCAACAACUGCAAGGUGUUGUGCUUUUAAGCAGACAGGUAGAACGUGUGCAGAACUUCAUCAGCUGGGCAGUGUGCAGUAAAAACAGCAUCCCAUUUCUCUUCAGUAAAGAACUGAUUGUAUUUCAAAUCCAGCGCUUGUUAGAGACAAAUUGUAAUACAGACACAGACCCUCCUCUGAAGAUCAGAUUUACUUGGGAUUCUUCCUACUGGACUAAACAACUGUCCAAUUUUGGGGGCUUCACUAUGGAAGGUGGAGACAUUUCUCACUCAGAUGUGCUACUCUGUGGAAAUGUGCAAGGGUUACAGACCUCCUUGUAUCAUGGGCAUCGUGCACCAGGAUCACAGCUGGAGCCUGUGAAUAGCCAGCCACAUCAGUUUCCACCUGCCAUUCAGUGUCCUACAUCUGUGUGCUGCUCGCACUGCCUGAGCAUACCUCACCCAAACAAAGCUCUGCCUUCUUAUCAAGACAUAAACCGCCAUCAAAAUUUUCGGCAGCCUCCCGAACUGCAUCAGCAGCACUUUCCUCUGCACUACAGCAUGCAGCAACAUGACAAAGAGCCAAGGGGUGCCCCCCAGCCUGUGAAGCUAACACAGUCUGGGCUGGAACAGCAGUCACAGUCAGAGCAAGAGAAUAUGUCUGGGAGGAUAAGAAAGCACUUACCAUCCCAGACUGCACCCAUGGGUUAUGCUGUUGUAUCACAUGAAGCUCAGCAAGUACAUACAAGCCAUUCACAGCCAUGUUGCACUCAGGCUUCUUUGCAUACAUCAAGUGCACAAGUGCAACUUGGUCAUCUCCAGAAGAUAAAAUCUAACCACUUGCAGCAGCCACCACAGCAGCAGCAGCUGCCACCAGCAUCACCACCAUCAGGUCAGAAUGAGAGCACCCACAAACAAGUAAUCCAGCAGAGCCUGGACAUAAUGCAUCAUCAGUUUGAACUGGAAGAGAUGAAAAAGGAUUUGGAGCUGCUUCUGCAGGCCCAAGGACAGCCCAGCUUGCAGCUGAACGAAGCAAAGCCACCUCAGCAUGUUCAACAGACCAUAGUUGGUCAAAUCAACUACAUAGUGAGGCAGCCAGCCCCAGUUCAGCAACAAAUCCAAGAGGAAGCACAAGUCUGUGAGAGUUCCACUGAACUUGAUGCCCAGAAACCUGUAAUUCCUCUUGACAAAACUGAUAGUCCCUCCCUGUCAGAGUCACUGGAAGGAGCCAGUGUCAGCAGUCACUCCCCUGAGACCACAUUGCAACAAUCAUCUUUCCAUCCAGUGAGAAAGCAUUUGGCAUCCUUAAGCUUUGUGGGCUUUUCCAGCGGUUUAGAAAUGGAACUACCUUCAGUGAGGUUACCUAGCUCAGCUGAUCCACAUAUGCAAGCUGCAGCUGCUGAAACUCUUUGCACAUCCCCAAGAGCCCUUUGUGAUUGUGAUACUCCACCAGAGUCAGUGCCCAGUUACACCUUGGUUUUGGGCAGAGCUCCAAGUGACCUGAGCCCUGGGGCUGCCGCUGGCCAUGCACCAGGUGAUGCACUCCAGGGCAGCACUAAGUGCAAGCUGGAAAAUGAAGACUUCAAUAUUGUAGAUCAUCCGCUAGAAAACAACUUGGAUGCUGCUGGGCAAGAUGUAGUUAAUGAAUUAACUCUUUCUACACAAAAAGUGCUGGAAGAACCUAUCAAUCUUUCGAUCAAAAAAUGUCAACAUUGCACUUCUCCUUCUGAACAGCACAGUAACACUUCUUUCCUGCCCAUGAAUGCCAGAAAGAGAGAACUUAUAAGCAAAGAAGAUUCCAAUAACUGUGAAAAGGAACAUUUUGAAAUGGGUAUGAAAAGCAGUCAGAAUGUCAGACCUUCUUUUAAGGAGCAGAAAAACCCCUAUGUGCGACUGGAACGUUUAAAAAUAUGUACAUCAGAAGUGGGGGAACUCCCAGUGUUUAAGCUCCAGCCAAAGAACAAUGAGCAGGAGGGCAAUUUCCUUCUGAUAAUUGAAUGUGGGACCCAAUCUUCAAGUAUGGCUAUAAAGAUAAAUAAACAUAGUCCACCUGAAGGAAUGAAAUCCAAAGAGGAGAACUCAGAGGACAGAAAAUUUCUCAUACCCCAGGAUGCAGGACAGAUACAAUCUCCUUCUGUAGAUACUCCAUCUGUUGACCAGAAGCUCAGCAAUGGCGUCUCCACCACAAAAAAAUCUCCAAUUACUCAAGAAGUCAAUACAAUUGAAAAUGAGGAUUUCUGUGCUGUGUGUCUUAAUGGAGGAGAGCUGUUGUGCUGUGAUCGUUGCCCCAAGGUCUUCCAUCUCUCCUGCCACGUUCCAGCCCUGCUCAGCUUUCCAGUGGGAGAAUGGGUGUGCACGCUUUGCCGUAAUCCAAUGAAGCCGGAGGUAGAAUAUGACUGUGAAAACACUCGCUACAGCCACAGCAAUAAUACACAAUAUGGCCUUGAUGGCUAUGACCAGAAGAAGUGUGAAAAGCUGGUGCUUUCUCUGUUCUGCAGUAGUAUGAGCCUCCCAUUCCAUGAACCUGUCAGCCCCCUGGCUCGGCAUUAUUACCAGAUCAUAAAAAGGCCAAUGGAUUUGUCAGUCAUACGAAACAAGCUGCAAAAAAAGGACAAGUCCCACUAUUCUGCACCUGAGGAACUUGUGACUGACGUGCGUCUCAUGUUUUGGAACUGUGCAAAGUUCAAUUAUCCAGAUUCAGAGGUUGCUGAGGCUGGACGACGCCUAAAUGUAUUCUUUGAGGGCAAACUAAAGGAGGUUUAUCCAGAUAGACAUUUUCCUUCAGUGCAACAAGAAGACUCUGAUUCUGAAGAGGUGGAGAGCCAGAAUAGCAAAAUGCCUCCCCAAGAUUUUCAGUGGCCAUCAUAUGGACAGGAGUACAUUCAGCCUAAAAGGAGACGGCGCCAUGCUGUAAGAUUGCAAAAGCAGAAGCAUUUGGUUGCUAAGUGGCCACCCUGCUAAUUCUGUUUACAGCUACUGAUAGGAAGUUUUGACAGGGCUGUGUGGAGAACUGUCAAGGUUCUAUCACAGACGCGAUCAGUUCUACAAUUUUAUGUCAAGAUCCUCUGAGUGAAAUAAAGUGUCAGUUGUGUAUAAAUGUGUGAGCAUGAAAAAAUGAAGUCUCUCAGGCCACACAGUUGUAUUCCUAGCAGAAAACCCUGUCAAGAUUUUUAAAAAGACUAAGCCCUCUAGCUAUUCACUGUUUGUUUCCUUUGUACAUAGGAAAGUGAAAAAAAGUAAAAGAAUGAUGUUUCAGCCAGCUAUAAAAGCCUUCCUCAGGUAUGACCUCCUCAAGAUACGAGAUUUGCUAUGAGGAAUCCAGCAGCAUAACUGACAGAGUUAAGGUGUGUGGGAGGAAAGCAAAGCAUUUGGGCUGUUUAUUUAAACUCUCCUAAUCUGCUGACCAUAUGCCUUAUUUCUAGAUUUUGUGAAUAGAUAACAGAUCCAAAGUGUUACAGUUUGUCAAUAUUUAAUCUGUUAAAUCAUGUAUAUGUUUUGCAGUGUUUACACUGAAGUACUAAUAUUUUGGUGAUAGGUAAUGAUGAUUAAUAAUAAAAGUAACAUGCUAAUAAGAUCUAAUACUGCAGAACAGUUUUGU